AUGGAGGCUGAACUGUGCAAGAAGAAGAUGAAGGGACGAGCUUGGGGGUGGCUCUGUGGCUUCGCGAAUUCAGGACAUGGCGGAAAUCCUCUAGUCGUUGAGGCUCGUGCUCUUCGUGAUAGUCUCAGACUUGCGUGGGACAAGGGUUACAAGUGGAUUGAGGGGGAGGUUGACAAUCUGGAGCUGGUAGCAGCAGUAGAAGGAGAGGGUUGGGAUAGUUUUGUGCCUGAGAUUAGAGAAAUCAAAAGUUUGAUGGCUCGACAGUGGCAGGUUUCUCUGAGAGGAAUCAACCGGGAAGCUAAUAGAGCGGCUGAUUUCAUUGCUAAGGCAUCCUUCACUCAUACAGGGUUUCGGGUUCUCCUUAGGCCUUGCUAUGACUUGGAGGUUUUGGUGCUGAGGGAUGCCAUUGGUGCUUGUUAG